AUCUGACAUUUGUUUGUUGUUCAUCAUCAAAAAUAAGUUUUAUCUCUUGAUUGUUGUUUUUCUUAUUAUACUAGUGAUAUAUAUAUAUAACAAGUAAUUACAGGACAAAUACCUUUUUUUAAAUUUGAACUAUCGAUCUUUGUCAAAAUGGGUAAUGAAAUGUCUUCAACUGCAAUGGAAAAGCAUUUAUUCAACCUUAAAUUUGCUGUGAAGGAAUUAGAAAGAAGUUCAAAAAGAUGUGAGAAAGAAGAAAAACAAGAAAAAGCAAAGACGAAACAGGCUAUUCAGAAAGGAAACAUGGAUGUGGCUAGAAUUCAUGCUGAAAACGCGAUACGACAAAAAAAUCAAUCUCUAAAUUAUUUGAAAAUGUCGGCUAGAGUUGAUGCCGUAGCUAGCAAAGUUCAGUCAGCAGUAAUGACAAGAAAAGUAACAAAUUCCAUGGCAGGUGUUGUAAAAGCUAUGGAUGCUGCAAUGAAAAGUAUGAAUUUAGAAAAAAUAUCCUCAGUUAUGGAUAAGUUCGAACAGCAAUUCGAAGAUUUAGGUGUUCAAAGUGAUGUUUUAGAGAAUACCAUGUCUCAAACUACAACAACUUUAGUUCCUACUAAUGAUGUUGAUGCCUUAAUGCAGCAAGUAGCAGAUGAAGCUGGCUUGGAAUUGAAUAUGGAAUUACCUGAAGGUCCACAAAGUUCUGUUGCAUCCACUACUCAAGUAUCACAAGAACAAGAUGAAUUAACACAGCGAUUAGCUAAGCUUAGGCAGACUGAAUAAAAUAAUGAUGGUGUGAUAGAUCUGUUCAGAAUGGAUAAAGUUGGAAAUGCUGUACCAUAAAGAUUAACAUAUGAUAAUAAUUAGUUAUAAUUUCAACUCAUAUUUUUUGCUAUGGUCAGAGCUUAAAUAUGUUUGAAACAUUUUUAAAUUUUAUUUACACAUACAAAUAAAAAAUGAUGGAAAAAUU